AUGGUAAGCAGCAACAAAUCAGGAGAAGAUUCUGAAAACAGACUAAUUGCUUUGGAACAGAUGAUGAUGAUGAUGAUGACCAAUCAACAACGCCCUUACGCCGCCGGCCUCUACAGCCCUCGCAACUGCAUUACUUGGCUCUUCAUCCUCAUCUUGAUCAUCUACAUCUUCUACUCUUCGAAGCUCAUACUCAUCAACAAUGGCCAAUCCCAGUGUUCCCAAACUUCCCACACCCAACAAAUCAAUCUCCCCACAAACCUCACUACUACUCUCACCAACUCUUCUUCUCUCAAACUCCAAAAUAAGCAAGAAAUACAACCUCUUGUGGUGUCCCAACGUUUUGAUACCCAGCUUAAACACAUUGUUUUUGGCAUCGCUGGUUCAUCACAUCUGUGGGAGGAGAGGAAGGAGUAUAUCAAGAUAUGGUGGAGACCUGGGGAGACUAGAGGAGUUGUUUGGAUGGAUAAGCGAGUCAGGACUAGAAAAAGGGAAAAAUUGCCCGAAAUUCGGAUUUCUGGGGACACUAAGAAGUUCAGGUACUCGCAUCGUCAGGGGACAAGAUCGGCAUUGAGGAUUUCCAGGGUGGUCUCGGAGACCUUGAGGCUUGGGAUGAAGGAUGUAAGGUGGUUUGUGAUGGGUGACGAUGACACUGUUUUUGUAGUUGAUAAUGUGGUGAGAGUACUUUCAAAGUACGAUCACAGGCAGUUCUACUACGUUGGGAGCAAUUCGGAAAGUCAUCUUCAGAAUAUAUAUUUUUCCUACGCCAUGGCCUAUGGCGGAGGUGGAUUUGCAAUAAGCUAUCCGUUGGCGGUGGAAUUGGAGAAGAUACAGGAUCGGUGCAUUCAAAGGUAUCCGGGGUUGUAUGGAAGUGAUGAUAGGAUUCAAGCUUGCAUGGCAGAGCUAGGGGUGCCUCUAACCAGAGAACCUGGAUUUCAUCAGUAUGAUGUGUAUGGGAGUCUCUUAGGCCUUUUGGGAGCCCAUCCUGUGGCUCCAAUGCUGACACUUCACCACCUCGAUGUAGUGCAGCCGAUAAUCCCAUCAAUGGACAAGUUUCGGGCAGUCCAACAACUGUUUGAGUCCGUCAAGCUCGACUCUGCCAGUGUAAUGCAGCAAUCCAUCUGCUAUGACAAGAGAAGGCAGUGGUCCAUUUCCAUCUCUUGGGGCUUCGUUGUUCAAGUGUUAAGGGGGAUCAUGUCUCCUAGAGAACUAGAGAUGCCGGUUCGAACCUUUCUUAACUGGUAUCCUAGAGCUGAUUACACAGCAUAUGCAUUCAACACCAGGCCUGUGACCAGGCACAUAUGCCAGAAGCCUUAUAUUUUUUACAUUACCUCAAGUAUUCAGCGUAAGAAUCAAAUCAUCGGAGUUUACACUCGUCACAAAGAUAUCUUCUAUCCUUAUUGCCGGUGGAAAAUGGCUUCACCUGAAGAUAUCGAGUCCAUUGUGAUCAUGAAAGCACCGGAUCCUCUGCGUUGGCAAAAGUCACCAAGGAGGGAUUGUUGCAGAGUGUUGCCAUCACGUAAGAAGACAACUAUGUCUAUUUGGGUGGGAAAUUGUCGAAAGGGUGAGAUUAGUGAGUUAUAGCAGCAACAAGGAGCUAAAAAUUUUAUCUUCUCUCUGCUCUUUCCCAGCUGGUUCAUUGGCAGCAUAUAGGAAUAAAAUCAAUCCUAGGUUGCUAAUAGAAACUGAGCACAGAACUGUCAACUAUUUUUAUCUUCACAGACAUCAGAAAGCCAGCAGAAGCAAGAAGUAUCAUCACUGACUCGUGAAACGUAUAGGUUAUUUGCUGCUUCUUUUUUUUUUUCCCGGUAAGGAAUUCGCUAUUUUUGUCUGUCUUCGGGUUUUUUUUUGUUUUUUUCUUUGUGUAAAUUUGACUCAAAAACACCAAGCAUAGUACUUGUUAUUACAAAUUCGCUUU